CCGGCUCGAGGGAAUAUUAUGGUCCGGUCGCGGUGCGCGCAGCGAGAGAACGCGCAAGAGGCUCAGCUUCACGACGCUUUGUUAUUUACAUCUGUCUCUUCAGAGGACAUUUUACUGACGUUUUCUCAACAGGCGGCUCUUUAGAUGCAUUUCCCUCCGUGCUUGUUCUGUGUGCUUCAUAAUAGCUGUCUGUGAAUCAGACCUUGUCUGCAUGUUUAAGAGCUUCGAGUAUGGACAUGGACAAAUGAAAGGGACAUCAUCUGAUAACUCCACGCAGCGUUUGACAUCGGAGGCAAAGCACCCAUGUCCCCCUGCUUCAGUGAUCCAGAUAUCGACAGAGCAGCAGAGGAGACCAUAUACAACCCACAUACUUCUAACGUCUGUAGCCAGGAUGACACAAACAUUGCCCUUGACCUGGACGAUGAAUCUCUUUCAGACCCCCUUCCGCCUCUCCCUCCACCCCUUUCACCCCUGGACAGCCCUGAACUGCCUUUGCCCCGCGAACCAAGCCCCCCUCCACUGCCCGCAUGUAGUCCAGCACGACCCACCACUUUGCCUUUGAAGACACUGCCCCGACCCAUGCCCAGCAACACCACCGCCUCCAUCACCACCUCCAUCAUCACCAGGGAGAACGGUGGACCGCUGAGCAAAGACCCAGAAGAAGAGGAGAGGAAGCUGAUGGAGGAAGAGCUAAAGAAAUGCAUUGAUGAUUUCAGGAAAAUACGCAUCCCAAAACUUUUCCCAGACCGCAAGAGACACUGGCAGAGUGAUCUGCUCAAAAAAUAUAAUGCAUAAUAUGGAUACACCACCCUGCUGAAAACACCAGCAAAACAAACACGAUCUACACAGUGUUAUGCAUGCCAUCUAAAUACUACUUUGUGUCAGUAUUUAUUUGAUUGUUCCUUAAUCAUUUUGAAAACAGUUUUUUGAAUGUUAUGUUAUUUCCUGAUUAAGUGUCAUUUUCAGUAGAAACCUAAUUGUUACCGUUAGUUAUGUGAGGCAAACGAAAUCACAAAGAAACUAUUUUAGAGCUCACAACCUACCUGCCAUGCUCCAGCCGUUAGUAAUGAUGUGAGAGCGAGUGAAUCAUUUUCAUUAAAUCAAGUAAAAACUCAUGAAUUGCUGCUUCAUUAGCUUCACAAAAAGUCAACUAGCUGCAGUGGAAAGACAAUGUUAGUCAAACCAGCUUUGUUUUGCUGGUCAGCAUCACAAACAGGAAUUAAAGGGGUCAUUUGAUGCUUUUUUAAAGAUCAUUAUUUUGUGUAUUUGGUGUAACAGGAUAUGUUUACAUGCUUUAGUGUUCAAAAAACACAUUAUUUUUCAAAUACUGCACAUUAAUGUAGGUCCUCUAUGCCCCGCCUCUCUCAGACGUGUCGUUUUCUACAAAGUCCCUCCUUCUGACAAGUGCAGUCUGCUCUGAUUGGCCAACUGACCCAGUGCAUUGUGAUUGGCUGAACACCUUGAGUGCUCAUCUGAAAUGUAUAAAAAAAUGAAUGCAAACACUAAUGUCCUUAGUUUUACCAGAGUGGUGUGACAGACACAGUGAUGAAGCUCGUAUGUGUUUGCAAAACACAAGCCACGUACGGUUAAAACUGCUGACUCCACUGUGAUGUGCUCUCUCUCUCUCUCUCUCUCACACACACACACACACACACACACAAACGUGAUGCACAAAACUCCGCAUUUGAACAUUCAAUAGCAAAUACUUAAACUAAUAACAAAACAUACUUACAGUGGCUGAUUCAGAAGCACCAGAUUGUUGUAGCAAAGUCAGAAUUACCCCCUCUUCUAGGUUCACGAAACUGUCGUCCAUAAAAUGUGUUGCUGUUCUGUUGUAAGUAAUCUUAAAGAUUCCUAAACGCAUCUACUCUCAGAAGACCAAAUAAAGUGCUUUCUUUCUCCUAGAUACACACACAUAUCUCCCUGACAUGACUGCUUCAACACUUUCUGUGUUGCUGAAAGCACGCCUUCUUUCUUCACGUGAACAUUUGGGCGGCAUUACAUAAAUAUUUCCACAUAGUGACAUAGACAUGUGGGGCGUGUUAGCAUGAGCUGUUUUAGGGGGGCGUGGCCGAGUCUUAAUUUUGAUAAAGAAUAUCUCUUUGGAUUUGAGACUUUAGUCUUUGUGACUUCUUUAUGCACCAAGAGCUUGUAACACUCCAAAGAGAAAGUAAAAAUUUAGAUUCCAUCAUAUAAGCCCUUUAAUAUGGUGAAAAUUGUUUUUGACAAAACAAAGCAUUUGUUUGUGUUUUUGUUGAAGUCCAAACCAGUUUAGUUGCAUGUAGACUAUUUCAACAAAUAUUCCUUAAAACUCGUUUGUUCAAAAAGUAUCAAAACAGUCUGAAUGAAAAUGUUUGUCUUUUAAGCCUGUGUUUGUUUUUUAAAUGCACUGAUUUAUUUUUCAAGCAUUUGAUGUUUCGAGAUUUUUUAUAAACAGUUUUUUUCACAACAUAAUCUGAGUAUGAUAUUGUGUGUAAACAGAUUACAAAAGUAAUUUAUUGGUUAAAUUAAUAGUAUAGGCUACAAAUAUAUGAAACCAGAUUCUUCCUGCUAAUUUCUGUAAGAGCAAAUAAAGCAAUAAUACCUGAAA